AUGAAAUCCUUCACUUUCCAGCAAUCGCCCCUUUUAUCCGAGGGAUCAUCCACGAAUUCGAUAUCAGAUGGGAAGCAGAAAAUCAUCACGCAUAAAAAGAAAAAAUUAUACUGGACCUAUGAAACCCUCGCUCUGAUCGGUGCCUUUGCAGCAUUUAUCGUGCAAAUCGCACUUCUUCGCCACUAUGAAGGCCUACCGCAAAACACAUGGCCAUAUCACACUAUCACGCUCAACGGCAUGAUCGCCAUUCUGUCCACCAUCACUCGAUCGAUGCUCAUGUUUGUCGUUGCCGCUGGACUGAGUCAGGGAAAAUGGCUUCAUUUCGCACAGGGCACGAAACGACGCCUGCGCGAUUUUGAAAUGUUCGAUCAGGCUUCGCGCGGCAUCUGGGGGAGUCUGCGUCUUUUAUGCCAGACGAUGCCGGUUCAUCCCACUUCGAUUGGCGCGUUGCUGAUUAUUGUUGGCAUUGGAAUGGACACAUUUUCUCAACAGCUCCUCUCCAUCCAGUCCCGCACAGUCGGUGAUGCAUCUCCCGAUGCCAAAUAUCCCCGAUCACAAUACUACAAUGGCUCUGCCCCUCGAGCCAUCAAUGUCCAAAAUAUGGACUAUCCCAUGCUAUCAGCCAUAUACCGUGGUAUGUACGGAGCCAAAUUCACCGAUUUGAAUGCACCUUGCAAGACUGGCAACUGCACCUGGCCUAUUCUCCCCUCGCUCGCUGUGUGUGGAGGAUGCACCGACUGGAGCGACAUGAUGGAAUUCAAGGAUGAUGAUCUUUAUUCCGGCGUAUACACUCUCCCUGAUGGCUUCACCUAUUCGAGUAAGACUCGAGCAGAUGGUACACAGAUAACAGGUCGGGCUGCCCCGAUUAGUUCCAAUUCGACAUACAACAAUUACACAUAUAGUUCAACCACAUAUCCUAAUGGAACGUCCAGCCGUUUGUUGUUAUCCCACUUUGAAGUCGCUGGAUUCGGGGAGGCCAUAACCUAUCCAAAUGGUAGUGCAUACAUGCCAUUAGGAGGCUGGGAAUGCGCUCUGUGGUUCUGCAUCCAGGCAUAUAAUGUGACCACUUCCAACGGUGUCCAACACAGAGAGAUUGUCGAUACCUGGUCUGAAUAUGCGCCACGAAAUCAAUACGGCGUCAACUUUACAUCACCGCCGCCAAGCUUCAACGUUGCACCGGGUUCUUUCUUUGGAAUAGAGAACUACACGCUGCACGAUGCACGGUCCACGGCUAAUAGGAUAUUCAACGGGACAAAUAAAGCAUUGAACCCGGCUGGUGAGGGUUCGCAGAUUGACACCAUGAUGCAGAAUAUCCGGGAUAUGCAUCCAUGGAUCAAGAGCAUUUCCGAAAGCAUGUCACAGGCUCUGCAGCAGUCGUAUCCCGUGGAUAACAGUACCGAUGACUACUAUGCGGGGACGGUAUAUCACGAUCAGAUUUAUAUUCACGUCCGAUGGGGGUGGAUUACAUUUCCUGCUGUUAUUCUCGUCCUUACAACAGUGUAUUUCAUUCUGAUUGCGCAUCAAACGAGAAACAGCCCAGUAGGAGCAUGGAAAGACAGUCUCAUGGCUGUCAUGGGGGUGAAGCUUGAUCGGCAUUUAAGGGCAGAUGUUGCAGUCAAACAGGAUAUCGAUGACUUGGAUCAAGUCCUGAAGGAUGAACAGGUGGAUUUGAGGAACGAAGGAGUCUGGGAAUGGAAGCGAUGA